GCCAGGCCGCUCCGAGCAGCCGUUGCCAAGCGACCGCCAUGUUCCCGGGGACCAGCGGCGGGCGCGGGGCACGACGGGAGCGCGGCGGAAAUAUGGCGGCGCCCGUCAGCGUCAUGGCGGCGUCCGCACGGUGGGGCCGGCGAUUCGGUACCGCCGCCGCGCCCCGGCCCUGGCGGCUCUUCGGGGCUAUGUGCCUGCUGAGGCCGCCCCGCAUCACCCAGCCCCUCGAGAAGGAGGAGGAAGAGAUGGCGGCUCUCAUGGCGCAGAUAGAGCUGGAGAAAAGCCAGUAUUCAGAUCAUGAAAUCCGCAAGCUGCAGGAGGAGGAGCAGCUCAGGAGGAGAAAGGAAAGUGCAUAUGAUGAUGAGGAUGAAGCACCUGGCAAAACGGUCAUCAUGGCUCAAGACCUGGAGGACAAGUGGGAACAGAAGUUAUUGCAAUUCAAAGCCGCUCCGCGGAUAACAGAUGCUGAUAAAAACAACGAUCGAAUGUCGUUGAACAGGAAGCUGGACAGUAACCUGAUGCUGCUGGUGAAACAGAAAAUCGGUAACCAGCAGCUGUGGCUGCUGCCUCAAGUGGAAUGGCAGCCUGGAGAGACACUGCGAGGCACAGCUGAGCGAGCCAUGGCUAUGUUUUUGGGAGAUCGCAUUCAAGCCAAAGUCCUGGGGAACGCACCACAUGGGAUUUACAAGUAUAAAUACCCCCGGGCCAUCAGGACUGAGGAUACUGUGGGAGCCAAAGUAUUCUUCUUCAAAGCCUUCCUCCAAAGCAGUGAUUUGUCCCAGGCAGAGCUGAAGGAAGAUCAUCUGUGGGUUGCAAAGGACGAGCUGGGAGACUACUUAAAGUUGGAAUACCUGAAAAAAGUCAAUCGAUUCCUUCUGGACUUAUGAGCUGUAGGCUGUGCUCCAGCAGACGGGGAAGACGUGGGACAUGACUCCAGGGAGGAGCACAGCUGCUGUUUUGCAUGGUCUGUGUGUAUGAGAUGUUAACUUGGGCUCUGGAGGAUACUUUGCCUUUGCAUUAUUUCCCCGUUCUCUUCACUGGGCCUGUACUAAAUAAAUAUUAAAACUUCAACUAGGAAGGGGAGCUCUCCUCCAGGAGUUCCUUGCUCUUGUUGAAUCCUCCUCCACCUCUUAUGGAAAUGCAUGUUGUGAUCUUUUCCUCUCCCAAGUGUGCAGUUCCCUGGGGCUGUGGUGACUGGGAGGCUUGCUGUCCUCACUAGUAUCCUGUCAUAGUCUAGAGCUCAAAUGGUUUCUUCCAAGCGAUGACUAAUACAUGUUUCCAGCACCUGCUGGAAUAAUAAGAACAGCACUGGAGGGUUACCUGUUUGUCCAGGUGGGAACAGACUCUCCUGGAAACAAAGGCUGGCAAGCCUGUCUGUGGCAUUCUUCACACAAUGCCUGUAUGCACCGCUUUGAUCAGAACUGCUGACGAUGAUGACAUGACCUUGAAGGGUUAUUUCCAGGUCGUACGUACGCAGUGGCUGGAGAAUGCUUAUGAAAUAUUGUUUGAUACCAAGACUCCCUGGAAGUAGCUGUGACUGGAGAUGCUGGUGAAGUCGGAGAUUUAGCAGCGCUGGGACACAGCCGGCAAGAAGGAGGUGAAAAACUCUGCCAGGGCUGGAUGGAGGAGGCUGUCAAACACCUGCAGGUUUCCCCUUGCUUCCUUGGAUGCCUGUAAGUACAUCUGUUUCAUUUUGACCCAGAAGUCAUCCUCAGACCGUCCAGAAAGGAAGACAUAGCGAAGAUGUGGCUGCUUCCAGGUGCCCUCUCUGGUACAGGUGAGGGAAAAAUCUCAAAGUGGGAUUUUCAAGCGUGCACCAUCACAGUUGUCAUUACAGGUGGCUGAGGGCUGGGGAGAGAUGUCAUGUCCCGCCCUAUCCCAUGAUAUGUAGGCUACGCAGCAGUUUCUGGGCACCAAGAGGGGAAUUUAGCAUGCAGGUAGUGAUAGGGGCUUAAUAGAUCUGCGCUUACUAUUUCAAAAAGAAAGAAUCAGGAUUACAGGCUUAUGAGGGAUUAGCAAGCAUGAAUGUGUAUUUCUGCAUAUACUGCUCCUUUUGCAAACCCAUUGUGCCAUUAGUCUGAUACAGAGUUAUACCAUUACUAGCAUGACAUCAGUGUAUCAGAUAGUCUUGAUUAUAAGAUCCAGCAGCUGUACUAAGGACAACAGGGCUUUCCCAUUGGCUGGCUGAUCCUCUUCUGUUUGUAGCUCGUGGUUUGCCUGGGAAACCACCUUCAUUUACAGACACUGUCAACGCUAUCAGUAGGACAGAUACCUGUGAGCAUUGGCCCACAAGGGGGAGGGUUUUGUUCAUCUAUCGAAGUGACUAAGUUGAGGCUUUAAAUGGUUUGGCCGCCCCCUUCUUUAAAGCAGCAGAAGGAGAAUGGAUGCGUGAGGAUCCUCGGGUCUCUGUGCACUCAGUUAUAGUGGUGGAGAGAGAUCUUGGGCUGCUCAGAAGAGCUCAGGUCACACAUGAAUAUACAUGUAAGUGUGUUUCAAUGUAGCUGAAACUGUGCAUUUCUGGUUUUAGCUAAGCUACAGAAACAUCCUCAUAAAGGUGAUGUGUCUGUUGGCUUCAAGUGCUGCCUGCAUGCCCUCAAGGUCAGUAGCUGCAACUUCUCAGCUCUUGGAGCCCUGGGAGUGUGUGAGCUACCUGGAAAUGUUAAGAAAUCAGUGCAAAAGUAGGCAGCUUCAAGAGUCUGUCUGUACUUCACAGGCUGCAAGUCUAACCCCGUGUACCUCGCCAUACAGCCAGUGGGGGUUACCUAAGCGAGCCAAAGCCCUUGGCUGUAGGCUUCCUUAGAGAUGGUCUUCAUAAGCAGGGAUGUGCUGAGCAGGAAAAGGGAUGGAGGAGCAGGGAAUGGACUGGUUAUGAAAUGUCAGAACAUCCAUAUGUGUAAGCACAAGUUUUGAUUUUUACUAAAUAUUUUCCUCUUUAAUUUAAACCAUUGUUUCUUUCCAGAGAAAUGUAAUAAUAAGAGCCUGUGUGUUUCUAACAAAAUAGCAGCCUACGCUUAGUGAACAACCCAGGGUCCAGUUUGGAUGGGAUCUCUGCACUGAUGUUUCUGGAAAUCCAACAACAAUCAAGCUAAGGGAGCUUAUUCCUAGAGCUGCCCAGAGCUGUUUGCUGCUGGAGCCAAAGGGAGUGACAGCCACUGGAACAUAUGGGUCUGCAGGCAGCUCUGUGUGACAGCAGGAGGUUUCUGUGCUGCUCGGUCCUGCCUCAUUUCCCUGCCCUCUGUCAGUCACCCAUCACUGUACAGGACAGCAUCCUAUGAAUGAGCCCAUCCCUGGGGGCAGCUGGCUCCAUCAAUGGGGUCCCCUUAGUGCUGCUGCUCUCAUACCUCCUGUUUCUCCAUUUUUCCCUUGGGUGUGAUUUCACCAAGGAAAUUUGGCUUUUCCUACCUCUGUGGUCCACAAAGGCUAGAUGCAUCUACCUAGGCACAUCCCACGUCUGCAGUGAGAUGGAGAGCAUCCCUCAAUGGCAGGCAGAGUGGUCAAUCUUCUGUUACUGGGUAUGCUGGUCCCUUGGGCAGCCACUUGUCUUUUGCCUCAUCUUCUUGCUUUCAGGUUCCCUCCCCUCCCAUUCACCGAUCUGCAACACCACUUGGUUGCUGACACUGGGCACUAUAGGUUAAGUGGUCCCAGUUCAAGUCCAUUUAUCCUGCCAAGGUCCUGGUGCUUUCAGUGCUUAUAUCACUUUUGAGAGUGAGAGUCUAAAAUGCCUUAGAAUUUUUGAACAAUAGCAUCUAAUUUUUCUCUCCAUUAUAGUAUAUAUCUGUAUUUUUUGUUAUUUUUUUUUCUUGUCUAUGUUUAAAAUUUCUUUUGGCCAUAAUUUCUUCUUGUGAUCUAAGUGUUCUGACAAACUCGACCCUGUGCUGCAAAACAGUUCUGCAUGAAUGAACCAGGUAGGUCAAGCAAUCUUCUCUGGUUUCUUCCCCUAAAGUAAAAAACGACCCUAAAACCACGAACCCAGGGCAUGCAGGAGACCCUACGAUAACAAACCAGUGUGCACACAGCCUGCUGCUGCUGAGCGCUGACAUGGUUUCAAAUGUAUUGAUGCUCCUACUGAUGUGUCCUUUCUGAGGGCAUCAGUGUCAGCAGUCCUUUAAGCUGUGAAACGAGGAGGAUGACUCAUGAACCACACAGACGCAAGUGGUGUCAGUACCUCGAUGGUCCAUCAGGUUUCUAACCUGCGUCAGCAAAAUCAGGGUGAAGAAGGAAAUGAGAAUGACGAGCCAACCUGAAUUUGAGGGGGAGAGGCCAAGUCAUAUGGAAAAUAAAUCUCCCUCUGAGACUGCGUCCCCGCUCCUUACCAAACACAUGCUGCAGGGAGAUCCAGCUCUGCAGAUCUUCAAGCUGGGACCGUUCCUGUCAUUUACAGAUGUUAGAAACAUUGACUCUUGACAUGGUCUCCAAUGGGCUCCAAGUUUUUUCUCUGCCAAUUGCUUGAGGGCUUCUUCCUUGCUUCUCUGCAGAGGCUUUUGGAGGACUCUUGUGGGAUGGCACCUCUGUCCUCCUGAGUUUGCCUUGAAUACUGUGUCUGCUGACGCAAGAAACCUUCCUUAGGUCAAAGACAGAAGCAGACCACAAGUGCUUAACAGUCCUGAAAUUGAGAAAACAGAUGAGAAGGUUGGUAAAAGCAAACUUGAGAUGCUGUGAACUCAGUUGCGAUCGUUAAUGGCUCUUUUUAUCUGAAGAUGCUUAGAAACUGGUAUUUUCUGAAGGAACAAGAGUGAGGUCUUUGGAAUAAACUAGGAGGAUUUUUUUUUUUUAAUAAAAAACGGAUGUUUCAGGCGCUACAGUCAAUUACACAUUCUGAGGUGUCUGUCUCUCCCCACUUGCAAUCUGUAAUAGAAGAAAUACUGUUG